AGUCAACGUGUGCUUUACUCUUCACUCCACCCAUCUGCACGCGAUUACCGUCAGCUACACCUCUUUACGUGCUUUUCGUAUCUCCCGCCUCUCGAGAUCCUUUCGGUUUGCCGGAAUCACCGCGCCCAUCAUGGAGGACGUUGAGUUCGCCCGCUCGCACUCCAACUCGCCGUUGCCUGAGGCUGGCAACGAGCCAGAGGACCCUCUCGCACCCGAACUCGAGGAGGAAAACGGCGUCAACCCGCCCCUCGGCGCACCCGACCAGGAUGUGGAGGUCACAGAAGCCAGGGACGAGAUGCCUGACCCGGACGAUGUUGAAGAGGGCGGCAUGUCAGACAACGAGUCUGUACUGAGUGAGCUGGAUGACCAACAGUUCGAGGAGUUCGAUGAGGGCGCCCUCGCUAUUGAAGAGCGCCCGGCGCAAGUCAUCGACGGCGAGAACAUGAACCUGAUUGGGGUGCACAAGCGGAAGCGAACAGAGGGCGAAGGUGAUGCGCCCAAAAAGAAGAAAAAGCGCGCCGACAAGCCGCGACGAAAGAAGAACCGCGAAGAGGAGGUCGGCGGCACCGAUGAGGCGGCUGGCGCGCGUAAAGCUCGAUCGAGGAAGAAGGGCAGGGCAGCCGAAGCAGAUGAGAACGACGAGAGUCUCACUCCUGAACAGCGGCGGCAGCGCGCUCUUGACGAGCAACUUAAGGCCAUCAUGAAGCCCUCGGGAGGCUCGCGCCGGCGCAAGAAGGACGGAAUCGACCUGGAAGGAAUGGCCGAUGCUGAAAUCGAAGACAUGCGCCGACGCAUGGCCUCUGCAGCAGAGGCAGACAACGAAGGCCGGAAGCGCGGCGAGCCAGCUAGGCACAAGCUUAAGCUGCUGCCCGAAGUUGUCACUAUGUUGAACAAGAACAGCAUCAAGGAUUCCAUCGUUGAUCCCGAGACCAAUCUCCUAGAAGCUGUGCGCUUCUUCCUUGAGCCCCUUAGCGACGGCAGCCUUCCCGCAUACGACAUCCAGAAGGAGCUUUUCGCUGCCUUGGCGAAGCUUCCCAUUACCAAGGACAGUCUUGUUGCCUCAGGCAUCGGCAAAGUCAUCAUGUUCUACUGCAAGAGCAAGCGUCCAGAGUUGACAAUCCGGCGGCAGGCGGAGCGCUUGUACACGGAUUGGACUCGUCCUAUCCUGAAGCGUUCCGAUGACUACCGCAAGAAGGAGUUCGCUCAGGCCGACUACGACCCAACAAAUGUCCAGAAACGCGUCGCCGAUCCACAGGCCAGCCAAGCCGCAGCACAAGCCGCAGCUCGCACCAAAGCACUCGCGGUCCCCACAACCUACAUGCGCGCUCGUGCUGAAGCCGGCCCAACCACGUACACGAUCGUCCCCAAGAGCAAUGUCGUAUUCAAUGAGAAUAACAAGGGUCGCUCGGGUGAUGUCGAUAUCAUGCGCAAGAUACGCAACAACCGCGGUGGUGGACGUCGUUGACUUUUUUUCUUUCAGCUGGACAACGGUCAAGACCUGGUCCUUCAAUGGUUUUCUUUUGGGCGACUAUGGCGUCUUGGGGCAUGCACAAUGGGCGACAAGCAAAGUGGCUAUUUGCAUCUCUGGAGUUGGUUUUCUCCCUUUGGCUAGUAUGUAUUGAUACAGAACUCUGGAUAUCUGAUGCUUGUCUCGAAUAUCAUAAUUCACUCCCCGGGCUUU